AUGGACGGUUCUUGCUAUACGUGCCGACGUCGGCGCAUCCAAUGCGACCGAUCGCAGAUCCCCUGCGGAAAAUGCGAAAAAGCAGGAAUAGAAUGUUACGAUAAAAGACCUCUGCGAUGGGUAAAAGGUGUUGCUAUUCGUGGAAAUCUGCAGGGUGUGUCGUUUGAGGCUGGUUCUGGGACGGUUGCAAAGACGUCGAAUUCGUUGAUGACGCGAAAUGGUAAACUUGCGGAAUGCAUGUUGAAUGGCCCGGCAAUGACGAUGCAGUUGGUUCUGGAAGAUCCUUCCAUGGCGAACCUGGACGGAGUUUCUCGAUAUUACCUGGACUACUAUAAUGACCGCAUAUGCAAGCUCUUUAUCGUGUACGACAGCGACAAGAAUCCAUUCCGAAGUCUGAUCCCUCUCGCCUUGAAUGACGGAAUCCUUUUAAAGGCUCUUCUUGCUCUGGCAGCAUGCCACAAAGCCAAUACAGGCCGUCCAUUCUACCAUACAGAAGAGUCAAACUCUCUGGAAUCAUUUAAUGCCCUUCGAGAUACCCUGGCCUUCAAACACCAGGCUAUCCAGGGUCUUUCCCGUACCCUGCAAGAUGCGCAGGUCGCCAAACAGGAUACUACUGUCGCUAGCAUCUUUCUUCUGAUCUUUUUGGAUUUGCUUGAGUCAGGAAGAGAUCGAUGGAAUGUUCAUCUGGAAGGUGCUAAGAAUUUGAUUGCACUAAACAAUCAGCCAUCCGAGUCGCCAGCUGGGAUUGGGCCAGACCCGGGUCGAACGGUCCAGGACAUACGAAACUUUAUAACCCGGCAGAUUUAUCUGAUCGAAACCCUUGGAUCAACCUUUGUACGGCCCGGAUUAUUAUCCCAAGUUAUCUCACCGGGCCAGCUAUGGAUGAUGCCACAGGAAAACGUGGAACAAUCCUUUCUCGGAUGCCCAGAGUAUAUAUUAAAUGCCAUUCAAUACCUCUCGCAGCAACGAGAUAUCAUUCUAAGCUUAAACCCAGUCGACGUCGCAGGAAUUGACUACCAUAUACAAAACCUGACUACUGUGCUUGAGUCGAUACAGAACUUUGACUGCUAUGCCUGGGCGUCAACUCUACCACAGCCACAAUCGUCUUCUGUGAGAGAUACCCAUCAUCUUGGUCUUCUAUCACAAUCAUACAAAACCGGUGCACUGGUUUACGGCAGACGAGUCCUCGAUAUACUCACCCAGGAUGUUAUUUCCCAGGAUGAUUUGAUUUCAGAAUUAAUCAACUUGAUCGGUGCAUUGAAAGAUGAUAACGCAUUAUACAAGUGUGUGCUCUGGCCUAUUGUCAUGAUCGGCUUCGAGUGCCAAUGGCAGUCGCAGCGGGAUUUCGUCACUGGCUGCCUGGAACGAUUCUGGACGGACACUAGCUGCUUGAAUGCAAUCAACGCCGCCAAGGUUCUACAAACUUACUGGCAGCAGGGUGAUACUCAGGAGCCAUUUUCGUCACAAUGGAUUUUCAAUAUUGGAUGCUUCGGUGGUGACUGGCUUCUCAUAUAA